CUCUUCCAUUUUCGAACCCUAACCGAUAGCUGCCCUAAUUUCCUCUUCCAUUUUCGAACCCUAACCCGGCAACAAGCUCCAGAAUCGACGCCGGCAGAAGGAAUUCCCGGUCGCGGAUCGAAGCUGCUGUCGGCGGCGUCGUCAUCUGGUCGUCUGAACUCUGAAGCUUCUGGCGUCAGUAUCGUCUGGUCGCUCUGGUCGUCGGCGUUGUCUGGUCGCCCUAGUCGUCGAUGUCGUCGUUCUGGUCGUCCUGGAACUCAGGCCUUCUUGCUCUCUGCCACGCCGCAUAACAUAGGCCGGACAAAGCAGCAGAGACAUCGGAGUCCGGACGGAGCACAGCCCUAAUGUCGUUCCUUGAAGAAUUUCAAGCCAAUUUGGAGUCUCUACCCGUUAUUCUUCAGAAGAAGUAUGCCUUGUUGCGUGACCUAGAUAAGAGUUUACAGGAGAUUCAAAGGCAAAAUGAACAACGCUGUGAACAAGAAAUUGAAGAUAUUAGGCGAGGAGUUAGGUCUGGAAACAUCACACCUGAUACUUCGGUUAUUCGAUUUUCCAAUGAAGCACUUGAUGAGCAAAAGCAUAGCAUUAGGAUUGCUGGUGAAAAGGUUGCUCUGGCUGUUCAGGCAUAUGAUUUGGUAGAUACACGCAUACAACAACUUGAUCGGUAUCUGAAGAAGUUUGAUGAGGAGCUUCGGCGCGAAAGAGAAAAUGCUGCAAUAAGUGGAGUUCCUACUUCAGCUCCUGAUGGCAAUACAAAAUCUGGAAGGGGUAAUGAAGGUGGCAGAGGAGGGCGUAAAAAACGCCAAACAUCUGUUGCAGUGGCAACAGAAGCACAACCUGCACCUGUGAACCCAACUGGCAUGGAAUUGGAUUUACCAGUUGAUCCAAAUGAACCCACAUACUGCUUUUGUAACCAAGUUAGCUAUGGCGAGAUGGUUGCCUGUGAUAACCCUGACUGCAAAAUAGAGUGGUUUCAUUUUGGUUGUGUCGGUCUGAAAGAACAACCAAAAGGAAAAUGGUAUUGUUCAAAUUGCGCAGUAACAAAAAAUCGUCGCAGAGGCAAAUGAGGUUUGACAGAAGGAUAAGGUUUAUAGUAAAAUGGGUGACUGUAUAUUGUUAAUAUUUUUAGAAGACGCAACUUUAAUGUUUCAGGGCCUUGAAACUUUGCAUCACCGGCCGUCUUUGCAUCUUACGUUAUUGAUCUUGCAAAUGGAGCUAUUAUUUCGUUGUUAGGUCAAACUUUCAUAAAGCGAGAAUAUUUUUGUAUAGAUUUUGUGCAGAAUGUAGUUUCUACUCUAAACUAAAAUUAUUACAAAGUUUACUUGAAUUAUAGUUAAUUCACCUAUUUAGUUGACCAA